AUGGGAGCCGGUGGCCAAGAAGCCAUUUUUCACAGCUAUUGUUCCCGGGGAGAGCACCUGGCUGAGCUGUUGAAGCACCUCAGUCUGCGCCACGUUGUGUAUGGUGGCCUGGAGAACGUGAAGCAGCUGACGGGGGCAGGUGUGAAGGAGUGCUUCCAGAAAGCCGGUGUUCCCACCACAACCAUCCAACUGCCCUUCGAGAACUUCCUCUCCAUCUUCAAGCCACAGAAGGUCCUGCAGGGAGAUGCCUCUGUUCUCCCACUGCCCAUGGGGAGCAUCCGCACGGAUGAGAUGGCGGUGGAGGAUGUCGGGCCAGUUGUGCUUCACCUGCUGAAGUCCCUGCAGGACAGAGGCCGAGUGGUGGGGCUCUCCGAGGCAGAGUACACCGCUGUCCUCUCCAAGCAGACCAGCAAGACCAUGGAAGCCAGCAAGGUGAGCCCUGUGGAUGUCCCUGCCCCAGCGGCACCGCGGGGCACCCCGGCCUGGCAGCAGCGGCAGCUGAGCACAGCCUUAGCCCUGGUCUGGAAUAGCGUGGGGGCUGAGCAGGGUCAGGAGCUGCUGGGGCAGAAGGCAGUGGCAGCUACAGAGUGGGUCUCUGCCCGUCCCCAGGGGCCUUCUGUCACCCUCACGCUCUCGCUAGGGGAGGAGGAGAAUCACGGCCCCCCGGGGGCCCCUAUGUCCGGUUUCUACACCCUGGAGCCAGACCGCAGCGUGGACCUGACCAUGACAGUAGCGCCAAGGCCCACACCUUCCAUCGCCUACAGAUGA